UCGUGCCUACCUCCUCUCCAUCAACGCUUUGCUUUCCCCUCUCCGCAUUCUCGUUCUAUUUCCCCCUCUCCGGCCAUGGAUCCCGUUCCAGUUUGGGGAAACACGCCUCUCAAAGCUGUUGACCCUGAAAUCCAUGACCUUAUUGAGAAGGAGAAGCGCCGUCAAUGCCGCGGCAUCGAGCUCAUUGCAUCUGAAAAUUUCACUUCUUUCGCCGUCAUAGAGGCCCUCGGCAGUGCUCUCACCAACAAGUACUCCGAAGGCAUGCCCGGAAACCGUUACUACGGUGGCAACGAGUACAUCGACCAAAUCGAGAAUCUCUGCAGGUCCCGUGCUCUCGAGGCCUUCCACGUCGAUCCCGCCAAUUGGGGCGUCAAUGUUCAGCCGUACUCCGGUUCCCCGGCGAAUUUCGCCGCCUACACGGCCGUCCUUCAACCCCACGAUCGCAUCAUGGGGUUGGAUCUGCCCUCUGGCGGUCAUUUGACGCAUGGGUACUACACUGCCGGGGGGAAGAAGAUCUCUGCAACCUCCAUUUAUUUCGAGAGCUUGCCUUACAAAGUGAAUUCAAGUACUGGAUACCUGGACUACGACAAGCUGGAGGAGAAGGCCUUGGACUUCCGGCCCAAGUUGAUCAUUUGCGGUGGAAGUGCAUACCCCCGGGACUGGGAUUAUGCGAGGUUCAGGGCGAUUGCGGAUAAGUGUGGUGCACUCUUGCUCUGUGAUAUGGCCCACAUCAGUGGUCUUGUUGCUGCCCAGGAAGCUAAUAACCCUUUUGAGUACUGUGACUUGGUCACGACAACAACCCACAAGAGCUUGAGGGGUCCUAGGGCGGGUAUGAUCUUUUACAGGAAAGGACCAAAACCACCCAAGAAGGGCCAGCCUGAGGGUGCGGUUUAUGACUUUGAAGACAAGAUCAAUUUUGCUGUCUUCCCCUCCCUCCAGGGCGGUCCUCACAAUCACCAGAUUGGUGCUCUUGCUGUUGCCCUGAAACAAGCCAUGUCACCUGGGUUCAAGGCCUAUGCCAAACAAGUUAAGGCCAAUGCAGUUGCUCUUGGAAAUUUCUUGAUGGGCAAGGGAUACAAGCUUGUCACUGAAGGAACUGAGAAUCAUCUUGUCUUGUGGGAUCUCAGGCCUCUUGGUUUGACCGGCAACAAGGUGGAGAAACUUUGUGACCUUUGUAACAUUACCGUGAACAAAAAUGCUGUUUUUGGUGACAGCAGUGCUUUGGCUCCUGGAGGAGUACGCAUUGGUGCCCCAGCCAUGACUUCAAGAGGGUUGGUUGAGAAGGACUUUGAACAGAUUGGAGAGUUCCUUCACCGUGCAGUGACUCUGACACUGAAGAUCCAGAACGAACAUGGCAAACUUCUGAAGGACUUCAACAAGGGCUUGAUAGACAACAAGGAUAUUGAAGCCCUCAAGGCUGAUGUGGAGAAGUUUGCAGCCUCAUUUGACAUGCCCGGCUUCCUAGUUUCUGAGAUGAAGUACAAGGAUUAGGUUUCAGUUUUAGUCAUACAACUAUUUUCACCCUUUUUUGGGUUCCAUAUGCGUUGACUGAAUGUUCUUUUCAAUUCAUUUAAGUUUCAAGUCUCUGUUUUGUAAGCCUGAUAUCAUAUUGCCUGAAGAAGAAUAAUAAAAUAUUAAAUUUAAUGUAAAAUUUUGUUGGAAAUUU